UUGUAAAACAGAAAAGUUACACAAGCGUCAGGAUUUUGUAACGCACACAUUAGCUACUAAUUUAUGGAUUUGCCACUCGUAAUUGAGUCACCAGUGUCUUCUUAGCUUUACAGCCGAGCGAACAACCCGAGCACUGACACGAAAAGCGUUGUUUUUUUAUUUAAUUAACAAACAAACAUAGAAUAAUCGAGAAAUUUGAAUUAUACAAGGACUAAGAAAACAUAGUCGUGAAUGUUUGGAUUACUGAAAGUGAAGAUGAAAUAAAGACCGACCCUCGGGAUGUCAUAUAUGAUUAAAUAGCAGCUUAAACGUAACGUUAGCGGGUUUAUUCAGCUCUAGACGCGCACGAGCGACUCGAGUACAAAACAGAAGCGCGCGCUCAAAAUAUGGAGUUGAACUCAGUGAUUUUAACCACUGGAUCGUCGGUGGGAUUUUUCAAAUUAGUAAACUAUGGAUUGGGCAAACUUCCCCUCCCUGAGACGGCUCGGAGGAACGCUUGGAAAUGGAAAAACAUCUCCACGUCUUUCGUGCACAGCCUCAUAACUGGAGUGUGGUCCGUGCUUUGUUUUUGCAUGCAUCCCCAGAUGGCUGAGGAUUUGAUAGAAACGCACUCUGUUUUCUCUCACGCCCUUGUAUCUGUGUCAAUCGGAUACUUCAUAUAUGACUUUUUAGAUAUGGUAAUCAAUCAGAAGAUCGGUAAUUCAUGGGAACUCCUUUUCCACCAUGUAGUGGUGAUCACCUGUUUCGGGAUCUCUGUGUUGACCUGUCGGUAUGUGGGAUUUGCCGUGGUGGCGCUGCUGGUGGAGAUCAACUCUGUCUUCCUGCACCUGAGGCAAGUGCUCCGCAUGGCCAACCUGGCCAAAAGCACAUUUUACAGAGUCAACAGCAUGAUCAACCUGGGCACAUAUGUGGUGUUUCGCAUCAACACUCUGGCUUGGAUGACCCGCUGGCUGGUGCUAAACCGUGACCUCAUCCCCCUGUUCAGCUACACCAUCGGCAGUGUGGGUCUGGCCAUCAUGACCGCCAUGAACAUCGUGCUCUUCUACCGCCUCAUGAGGAGCGACUUCAUGAAGGCCAGCCGCGAGAAGGAGCUGAGGAAAGAGAGGGAGAAGGAGAAAGACAUGUAGGAAAAAAAAACACUCCUUGUUCUUCAGCUCCAACCAAAUCCACCCUCAACAACUGCGUUCCCACACUUAAGGGAUUCCAACUUUCCUCUCAAACUGCUGACUUCGUUCCUGCUCAUCAUCUAUCUCAUGUUAGACCUCAAGCUGUGCCGAGACGUUUUACCAUGGCUGUCAUUACAGGUUUACAGAUGUAUGAGAAAUAAUCCAUCACAUUUAUUUACGGAUGCAAACGUGUGCAAAUACUUCUGCAUGAUUUAGACAAUGACACAACUUGAGCAAAUGACGGUUUCGUCUUUAAUACAAUUGGACCGGAUUGCUCUUUAUCUAAUUCAUAUGCUAAUGCUGACCUACCUGAAUUAAUAUAUAUCUAGAUAUUUAUACACCCGUACACUAUACAUAUAUAUAUAAAACAUGUUAUGAGCAAAAUGUUCAUUUGUUCAUUAAUACCUCAUGGGCUUGUAGCAGAAUCAUUAUAAUUCAGUAGUUUUAAAGUGGCAGUUCGCUCAAAAACUAAAAGGCAUUUCUCAAAGACGUUUAUUUGAAUGUUCACGCUGCUUUAUUCUGUUAAUGGUUAUUAUGUGUGAUCCCAAAAGAUCCUAAAAGUACUGUAACGGAGGACCUUCAAAGUAUUCUGAAGCUAUGUGAUCUGUUUGGUGGCAGAUGAUUCAUUUGUUUGGGUGAACUGUCCCUUUAAAUGUUUUAAAUGUCCGUAGGGCUGUAUUUAGCACCAAUUCACUGGUUAGUUGUAGUAAAUUAAGUGGAAAUGAAUAUAAAAUGCCCAGAAAGGACAUGCAAUAUUUAUCAUCUGUGAUAAUGUCAUGUCACUCACUUGAGUCCAAAUGUGAUAAAGCCUAUUCGAAUGUUCAAGCUAUGAAAGCAAAAAAUAUCCCUGUGUGGGUUUUUGGUUUCCUAUUUAUAAGAGAUGAUACAGUUAUAGUAAUAUCACACAAUUGAGACAAUAGUUUUCCCAAAAGCCAAGUGCAGAAAUGAAACACACGAGAAAAUGAAUAUUGAGCAACAUUUUACGCAUGAUAUUGUCAGUGUUUCUGUUUCCCCAAUGAAAAAUGUUUCCACAACAAAGUAUGAACAGAACAUUUGUGCAUCUCUGAGCAGUUUUGGUUUGUUUCUGAAACACUUGCUUUUUAAAGCAAAUCAUUUACGUCUAAGGUUUUGGUGAUCUGUUCUUAAAGGCAGUCAAUUUAAACGAAUCAUUUUUAAAUGAAUCAGCCAUUUGGAGCAAAUCAUUCACUGAUUUGUUGAAUCCCCCAUUAAGACAGGCACUUGCUGCCAUUUGCUGGUGGUUUUAAUGACAUUUAUAUGUAUAUCCAUGACAGGCUCAAACCAAUGGAAGCCUUGUUUGUGCCACUGAAUAAAAAAUAAAAAGCUAAUUGCGAAUUUAAAUUAAAAUUUUUACUUCUAUUACUCAGAAAUAUGUACAAAAAACGGACAAUUCUGACUUUAUAAUAUGCUACUGAGAAACGCAUUAAAAUGUCUGGGGUUUUUUUUUCAGUUAUAAACUUUCAAUUGUAGGAAAUUUUUCAUCCCCCCUCUCUGUAUAAUUUGUAGAAAAUUCAGAAUUGCAGAUGUACAGUUGAAGUUAGAAUUAUUGGCCCCCCUGUUUAUUUUCUCCCCCGAUUCUAUUUAACGGAGAGGUUUUUUUAACACGUUUCUAAACAUAAUAGUUUUAAUAACUAAUUUCUAAUAACUGAUUUAUUUGAUCUUUGCCAUGAUGACAGUAAAUAAUAUUUGACUAGAUAUUUUUCAAGACACUUCUAUAAAGCUUAAAGUGACAUUUAAAAGCUUAAUUAGGUAAACUAGGCAGGUUAGGAUAAUUAGGCAAGUUAUUGUAUAACGAUGGUUAGUUCUGUAGACUAUCAGGAAAAAAUAUAGCUUAAAGGGGCUAAUAAUUUUGACCUUAAAAUGGUGUUUAAAUUAAAAACCCCUUUUAUUCUAGCCAAAAUUUAACAAAUAAGACUUUCUCCAGAAGAAAAAAUAUUAUCAGACAUACUGUAAAAAUUUCCUUGCUCUGUUAAACAUCAUUUGUGAAAUAUUUAAAAAAAGAAAAGAAAAAAUCAAAGGGGGGCUAAUAGUUCUGACUUCAACUGUAUAUUUUUGUUUAAUAUUAACG